AUGGACAAUUAUCGGAUCAAUCGAUACGACCUCAACAAUAAUUUCUCUGUGUACACUAACCGCUUGAUUCAAGGCGGUCUUCGUUAUCAGAAGCUCAAUCUCUUUACUGUUGGGACCCUGACGCUGUCAAAGGUGGGCUUCCUCCCAGCAGUCGAUGAUACCCCCAUUUCAAAGCUCCCUGGAGUAUUCCGUUGCUCUGAUCCUGUGCUCACACGGAUUUGUGAAGUCGGUGCGCGAACCAUGCAGUUAACCGAAUUCUCCGCGGGCUCAUUGCCAGACUUUUGGAUGAUCACCGAAGAAGGUGCCCUGGUGGAGAGCCAGACUCCCCAGCCUUUCUCAUCAGACUAUGCGCCUGGCUUGACAGCAUUUGAGCUAUUUUUUCCCGUCAAAGUUAUCAGAAACGGCUUCGAGUUCACGGUUCUGAGCGGUAUACUAGGCGUUGGGAUUUACAUAUUUGCCAACAUUGCGAAUUGCUCCAUCUCGGCGCACACAGGCUCAACGGUGCUGGACUCAGUGCCUCUGGCCUUUGCCGCAUUACCUGCUUCCGUGGCACUUAUGCUGGUGACCUUGAUCUCGCCGCGCCAGUUCCUUUGCGAGUACGGCUGGUCAAGAAUGCUGCCUGGGUUCUUCAGCCCGACUGCAAAGGUGCGACAGGAGCAGCGGUUGACGGAUAUUCCUGCCAACGUCACGGGGUUGAUCGGAUACUCAUUCAAUCUUGUUAGUGCUAUGAGCCGGUAUUAUGAACAAACCGGCGACAGAUCAAUCCUCGUCGAGUGGGCGCCAAGAGAUGUUCGCGUAUCCGACUGGGCACACUCUCAGCUGCUACCAAACAGGCUGUUGAGCAUUUCCACCGCAGCCAUUGGUAGAUACUGGAACUACUAUGAUCCACAGGUUGGUGGUGUUGUCGCCAAAUUCAACCUUGCCUACGCAUAUGCUCUAUCCGAAUCAAUUCAUCUUCUUGCUGAUGUGGGUUUGAACGUCACCAAGCAUACUCAACGCCUAUGCGAGCUCAGAGCUUCUGUCAAUAAGCAUCUGUGGAGUAAUAACUUGCAAGCUUACUACCACUCGGAUUCUUACCCUGGGUUUAUCUCUCAGGAAGCAAACGCCCUUGCUAUCCUCAGCAACACCAUACCAACAGCUGCCUUUCAUGCCAAAGAUAGUGAAAGCGUGAAAAAUUUGCUGAAAACUAUCUGGGCACCAAUGAGAAACCCCCAGAACGUAAACUACACAGGAUGUUUCUGGGAAGACCUGAACGAGGAUGGAACUCCUGGACUUGGGCUCGGUACUACACUUUGUCAUGCUUGGGCGGCAGGACCGACUGCAGACCUCAGCCGGUAUGUGCUGGGAAUUAUGCCUAUUACACCAGGUUUCCGGGAUUGGAAGGCUGAGCCACAAACCUUGGAUCUGACUUGGGCUGAAGGAAGACACCCAGUCCCUCAGGGCGCCAUUGGGGUGAGAUGGAGGUUCAGUCAAGAUGGACUUUUACAAAUGACCGUUACGUCACCCCCUAGGACAAAGGAAAUUGUCUACCUUCCAGCCCCUCUAAAGAGAGACAUGAGAGAGUAUCGAGUCACUGGCGGACGAACCAACGAAGAUGGAAGCUUUACCGUCCAAAGCCGCACUUUCAUUUCUCCAACAAACUGCAUAAGAAAUAUUGCUUUCAUAGACAUCCUCCCUCAUUACUUCACCUAUCCCGCUACUCUUUAA